GGAGUCCUGUGCGGCCAGCUCGAACCCCUGCAGACCCACCGUGCACUCCAGGUGUGCGGUCGCCAAUGGGACACAUGUCUGCAGCUGCUUACUUGGAUUUCACCUGGCAGAUAAUGGAUACAGAUGCGAAGAUACUGACGAAUGUUCCUCCGGACACCACAACUGCCAUGGCUCGGCUCAGUGCACGAACACCUAUGGCAGUUUCUCCUGUUCCUGCCUCGAUGGAUAUAUUGGAGAUGGAACCAACUGCACUGAUGUGGAUGAGUGCAGCUCAGGGACGGCCUCUUGUGACGAGAACGCCUUCUGUGAGAAUACAGGCGGUUCCUACACCUGCACCUGUAAGGAAAACUACCAGAGCACCGUGCCAGACGGCACCGGAUUCGUGGGCCAGUGCAGAGGUUCGCCUGUACCCGGAUGGUCCGAACGGACACCUGCUGUUCGGUAACGCUACAAGGGAGGGGAUGUCUCCACUCAUCGAAAUACCGGAGGGUUUGCCGAUGCCUGGCGGACGAUUAUGCAACUCUGUCUACAUCCUGGAGAAUGGGGUAAUCGUGAUAACGACGCUGAAAGCAUCUCAGCGUAGCGCCGGGAGACCUUCCUACCGACACCCCACUACAGACCCGCGCGCGUUCGGAGAAACAGUCUGUGGAGUUAUCGCACCUUUCUGGAGUGACGUCAUCAUGGGAGAGACGUAUCCAUCCGAGGUCCGAUACGAAGUGUACCAACAGGACAGAGACCAAACACUUACGCGAGGAAGUAGUUUUUUGCGAGGACCAGCCAGCAGAGGGCGACAUGAAAAUAUCAUACUUCGUGGACUGACUAUUCUUGUCAGUUCGGAGCUCGGCAUAAGUACGAGGACGAUGACGUACGCUCUGGUGGUCACGUGGAAGAACAUGGCGAUGGCAGGCGAUUCUGUCAGGGAUGGCAUGCCGACCAACACCUUCCAGGCGGUUCUCAUGACCGACCACAAGAACACCUACGCUGCGUACCUGUACGACGACCGCAGGAUGCAGUGGGACCCCCAGAUAACCCGGGACAACCUGGUGGACGGAAAAUGGCCGGCAUUCGUAGGGUACAUCAUCCGGGGGACAACCGGACAAUUGACCGUUGUUGAAGACGAGAAUUCACGACAAAAAUCGACCAUGGAAAACGGCCAGAAGAACUGCUCCCAGCCGAACGUGUACUGUCUGGACAGGAAGUCUGGAGUUAACUCCACCCGGCCGGGCCGCUGGGUCUACAGAAUAGACGACAAUGACGUCACAUACGUCAACCCUCGGAAACAGUGUAUGGACUGGUACCAGAUACAAGCUGACGUCAUUGAUAGGUUUGGCGCGCUUCCUCCAUGUCCAAUCACCGCUGCGCAUGCUCAGUUGGACGCACGAUGGAGGACUGCCUCUGACGUCAGUUCCAGUGAUCGACUUUGCUUUGAUCUAAACCGACCUUCAUCAUCAUCGGGUGCGAACAUGCAGUGCUGCUAUCAAAUGCCAGAGGGAGCUUUCAUCAGAAACAACCGAGAGCUGUCCGGAACGUUCGAAAGGUAUCAAAGGGGAUCAGCCGCCUAUAGGGCCAAUGACGCCCAAGCACGAGAAUUCUGCUGUCUGGACUACGGCAGCAAAUACUGUGACAUGUACUUUGAGAAACGACCAAUGGGAUCAACUGAAGGAUACGUUCCACCGCGGACAUCGGCUGCAGCCGGCGAUCCACAUAUUCUCACCCUCGACCGAGUCAGAUAUUCUUUCAAUGGCCUCGGAGAGUACCUUCUCUGUCGCACAGCGCCCUCCAGCGCUUCAUCCCAGAGUGCAGCGACGUUUUCUUUGCAGGGUAGAACAAAGCUAGUGGAGGUAGAACCAGGAAAAACUCCGAGAGCAACCGUCUUUAGUGCCAUCGCUGCACGUUCAGCGGCCAACAGCAUACAGGUUUACCUGGACAAAACGAGAGACGCACUAAACAUCAUGGUUGAUGACGUCAACAUCACUUACAGCCAAUAUCAAGACGGUCAGGACACCUUCGACGACGGACGGUUGUUGAUGACCACGGAUACGGCAGGCAACGUCACAUCCGUUAAAGUGAUAUUCGACAUCGGAGUAUCAAUUGAAGUAAAGUCUGGACAGCAGAUGUUGAUCUACACCGCCAUUAUGCCCUCUGACCUCAUGGGAAACCUGCAGGGAAUGAUGGGAAACUUCAACGACAACACGACGGAUGAAUUUCACUGGCCAAACGGCACAGCCGUCGGAUUUUCUAAUGAUACUCACCCUAGUGAGGAAGAACUGUACGUCUUUGGGGAGUCAUGGUCACUGAAGAGUGUAGCAAACCUGAGGAUGGAGGCGGUCACCAAUCUCACCCUCUUCCACUUCUAUCCUGACGGCCAAUCGGCAGGAACCUACGGCAAUGACAGCUUCACGCCCUUGUUCUUUGACCUUGACGCCAUGUUUGAGAACGCCACGGAGAGACAGCGGGCGGUGCAGGUGUGCGGCGGGGAGGACAGGAAGGAGUGUCUGUUUGACAUCGCGCUGACGGGGAACGAGGAGAUCGGGGUAGCCGCCGAACAGGGGAUGAAGAGCGCAGAGAUAUCAAAUAACGUCCUAGGCAACACUCCUCCAAGAUUUAACGUGACGUCAGAAAUCAGAGCUGUGGUUGGUCAGGAAUUCUCCUUACACGUUGCGGUAGAGGAUGACGGUCAGGUUUCUGUCUCGCUCAUUGGCCCUGGUGAACUAGACGCAAACAACACAUACAGAUGGACCCCUGAAGACACAGAAAACGUCACGAUCCGGUUCCUUGCGCAAGACGACAUGGGCGCGACCUCCAUGGCAACGCCUGACGUCACCGUGUGCAACUGCCAACAUGGCGGAGCGUGUGACUGGGACGUGACGUCACAGCAGGUUGCAGGGUUUGCAGUAGCCACGUGCGCCUGUCCCCUUGGGUACACCGGAACGUUCUGCGAAACUGACUUUGACGGUUGCUCCAUCGCUCCCUGUUACCCAGGUGUGAAUUGCACAGAUUCACAGGCACCCCUUGAGGCAGGUGAGAACGAGUACACCUGUGGUACCUGCCCGACAGGUAUGGUGGGAGACGGAGAGUCUUGUUCAGAUCUCGAUGAAUGUACCCUACCAAAUGACGAUCCGAACGUACACGCAUGCGUGAACGCGGUCUGCCACAACACGGCUCCGGGAUACAGGUGUGAGUGUCACCCUGGGUAUGAGAUGACCAAUGACGUACGAACAUGCCAAGACAUCGACGAGUGCACUAGUGCGAGUCAUGACUGCCAUGAACAUGCGCACUGCAACAACACAGCGGGAGGAUUUACUUGCGCAUGCUCAGAAGGUUUCACAGGGGAUGGGCGAUCUUGUACAGAUGUCGAUGAAUGCACUGCCUCAUCUGGUGGUGAUUGCAGUAACCUAUGUGUCAACACUGCUGGGAGCUUCUAUUGCGCAUGCACAAGUGGCUAUACUCUUGACGAAAACAUGCAGUCCUGUAUCGAUACGGACGAGUGUGCCCUGGAUAUUGACGGCUGUUCCCAUGUCUGUACGAACACCGUGGGUGCCUAUAACUGCAGCUGUCCGGUUGACUUCUCUCUGGGCUCAGACGGCAAGACUUGCCAAGCUUCCGAACCGUGCCUCAACACAACCUGCUCUCCCAGUGGAGUAGCCUUCUGUGCCGUGGUCUCUGGGAAUGAAACAUGCAGUUGUGCAGAUGGCUACAGUCUAAGUUCAAACGGAACGUUAUGUGAGGAUAUCGACGAAUGCCAAAAUGCUGUCAAUUGUCAAGGACCUAACGUCUUGUGUAGGAACGUCCCUGGAAGCUACAUCUGCGCAUGUGCAAGCGGGUUUUAUGCAACUGAAGGCUUUAAUGGGUCUACAACAUGCACCGAAUCCAAGACAUAUGCGGCUGAAAUACGGGUUACAAACCAAGUGUUCACUGCUGAACUGAGAGACCCAGCAUCCACUGAAUACAAAAUAAUGAAGACGAAAGCACAAAGAACCUUAGAAAUGCUGUAUAAGUCAGUAAUGGACAACAGUUUCCUGGGCGUAACCGUGGACGGGUUCAGUAACGGGAGCGUCGUGGUCAUCUUCACCUUAAACCUGGCGUCAAACACCACCCACAAUGCAUCAUCGUCUGAGCACGCACUCAGGGAAGCCAUCGGGUCAUCGGGUGGGGGUGAGCUGGCAGUGGACGCAAGUAGCGUCACAGUUACAGACAUAGAUGAAUGUGCCAGUGACGUCACAAACCUUUGUGACGUCAAUGCGGACUGUACCAACACGGAUGGGGGGUACAUCUGCACCUGUACUGAUGGCUACUCAGACGUGUCGGAGGGGGGCAGCAUCUCGGGAUCUACCUGUCAAGCCACCCCGACCCCGUCAACGUCCCCGGACAGGAGGGCGGCUACCUCAGCCAUCCUCAUCACCUUCGGGGUGAUGUGCACCGUCAGCAUCCCGACUCUGUGUCUGCUCCUCCUGAUCAAGAUCAAAAAGAGAUCAGCAGUGGAGCCAUCUCCAUCGGAAGGAGAGAUAAACACAGGAAAUGACGCCGAGUGAGCAGUUCCCCGGGGUGUCUUUAUCCGGGGAAUGUCAUUUCUUAAGGACGUUCAACUUCUUAAAGACGUGCUCUGCUCGCCUUAGAUGGAUUAAGAAAGUAGCAUGUUAUUUUACAAGCACGAACGAUGUAAAAAAAGAUGAGCACAAUGUAGAAUAUUACAUACACAAUUCGAGCUUCAGGUUAUGUGUAAAGAGUAUGUUUCAACACAGUGACUUGGGUUAUAUACCCAAGGCUGCAUCGCACGCACAAAAUCAAACAAAAUGUAUUUUUGAAAAGCUAGACGAAUG